AUGGUUAAAUGCACCAAGAAGGCCGGAAUGAUCAGCAAAUAUGGGACCCAUUAUGGGAAAAUGGUGAAGAAAAUUGAACUCAGCCAACACACCAAGUACACUUACUCCUUUUUCAGCAAAACCACAAUGAAGAGACAAGCUGUGAGGGUCUGGCACUGUGGUUCCUGCAUGAAAACAGUAGCUGGUGGCGCCUGUACCUUCGACACCACCUCGGCAGUCACAGUGAAGUUCGCCGUCACAAGACUGAAGAGAUCCAAAGACCAGCAGAAGCGCCACCAUUUGAAACAUCUCUAA